CACAGCAGGGAGCGGAAGGGGAACGCAGGAGACGGGCCUGUUUUCGGAGCCAGGUGCAGGGCUUUACACAGCCUUUGCUGUGGCACAACAGGGCUAUGAGUGGUGGUAGGGUUCGCUGACCGAUUACUUUGGGCCCCUCUGUAACCUGUGUCGAAAGCAUCGCUCCUCGUCCGCGGCUGGGGAGCCCAGGCCCGCCGUCCCACGGGAUCCGGGACGCGGAGCCUGUACUCGGCGGAAGCAGGGGGGCGGGGCCUGCGGCUGCGCGGCCACUCACAAUCUUCCCUGUACGGCACCUCUGGCCGGGCGAGUGCUUCCGGGGCGGAGGUUACCAUGGCGGCGGCGGCCUUGGCUCGGCUAGGACUCCGGGCCGUCAAGGAGGUUCGGGUUCAGUUCUGCCCCUUCGAGAACAACGUGGAGUCUACGAGGACCUUCCUCCAGGCGGUGAGCCGCGAGAAGGUCCGCGCCACCAACUUGAAAUGCUCCGUGAUUGUGGAUGUGAGGCACGACGGCUCCGAGCCCUGCGUGGAUGUGCUUUUCGGAGACGGGCACCGCCUGGUGAUGCGCGGCGCCCACCUCACCGCCCAAGAAAUGCUCGCUGCCUUCGCCUCCCACGUCCAGGCCCGGAGCGCGGCGGGGAGCGGGGACCCCCCUGGCGCCGAGGCGGGCCGCUGACAGCGCGUAAGAGGCCAACGAGCAGAUGCUAGCCUGGGCCUUAGAGAACAUUAUCCACGAAAAGCUCGACUUAAUCAUCCAGAUCGCUGUCUGGAGGCCGCAGACACCAUCCCCACCCCCCAAAGAGCCCUAUGACUACACAUCUAACCAGUGCUUCUGGGAUGAGACGAUCUGGGAAGGGCCUAGACAAACUUGAAUUUAUUUCAUUUUCUAACCAUCGCUCACGCUUAACCGUUUUGAAUUUGGCUUCCCCCACCACUCACUCAAGUAUGAUACCUCUUACUCUUAUUAGCCAAAUCCAGUGCUGUUUUCUCAGCCCUGAGCUCUCCACCUAAGUAGCAUUUGCCAUUUUUAAUUCAUUCCCUAUGGAACUUCUCUUCCUUUUCCUUCUCUUAAACAUAAACUCCCCCCCCCCUUUAUUUUUGGGGUAUCUCAUCUUCUGUUAUAACUUGAACUACCCUUUUGGGUUAAACCAUGCAUUUCUGUUUGGGUCUAAUAUUAAUUUCUGUACUACAGUCAGGUUACCUACUAUCGAUUUUCUCCGAAUCUUACAAACAUUCUUUGUUCAAAAUAGAAUUGAUAAUCUUACAUACACAUAUACUUGCCUCUCCCUGACUUCCCCAUUCCUUUUACAGGCACUUCAUGUGCCCAGCCGCCUGGGCUGGAAAUCACAGCAUUGUCUCUGGCUCUGCUGUCUCCUUUUCCUUGCAUACCCAGUCAGUAAGUUCAUAGUAUUCUAUGUUAAACAAAAGCCCCUGAAAUGCUCUUUUCAUUCCCAUUCACUCUCCUGUAUUGUUACAUUCUCCUUUUUUUUCUCAUCAUUUUUGCUGCUGCUUAAUUUUAUCUUUCCAAAGCACAUCACUGGUUAUGUCUCACUACUACUUGUUUCAGAGAACAGCACCUAAAGUACUUUUCAUACAGUUACCACCCAUUAGUGUGGAUCGUGAAUCAAUUUAGGAGGUUAAAUCAGCCUUUAAUAAAGUAAAAUAGAAUAAAAAGUAUCGGUGCAUGCAUGGCACAUGAAAUGAGAAGUAUUCUUUUAAGAAAGUUAACUUUUAAGUAUAUAAUUAUAAAUCUAUAUACAAGGUAUCCCCCCAGAAUGUACACACACUUUAAUAGCUGUUAGCUCAAUUUUGAAAAUGAAAUGUAUUUUAAUAAAUACUGCCUUUAUAAUUAUUCAAAGUGUGUAUAUACAUUUCUGGGGGGACACUAUAUGUGUGAGUAUAGAUAUAUAAAGUACGUGUACAUGUGUACAUCUGAAUGUACUUGGUUACAACAUAGUAUAUAUAUUUUUUUCUAUGGCUUACAGUGGUUCUCAACCUUCCUAAUGCCCCGACCCUUUAAUACAGUUCCUCAUGUGGUGACUCCCAACCAUAAAAUUAUUUUCGUUGCUACUUCAUAACUAAUUUUGUUACUGUUAUGAAUCGUAAUGUAAAUAUCUGUAUGCUAUAUGUGUUUUCCGAUGGUCGUGACCCACAGGUUGAGAACUGCUGGCUUAUAGGAAAAGAUGGUUGCUAGCCACUGGUUUAGAGAACUUCAAAAUGCUCAGCUAGGCAAUCCAGGAUCUCUAGACACUGCUUGCUGGGUGCUUUGCCAAAUACAUUUUCCAUGAGCCUCCUACAGCAUUACUGUACUGCUUCUCUGCUUAAAAGGGUGCUAUCUUGCCUUAGCUGGUUUGGCGCAGUGGAUAGAGCGUAAAGCUGCGGACUAAAGGGUCCCAGGUUCGAUUCUGGUCAAGGGCACAUGCCCAGGUUGCGGGCUGUGAUUCUCUCUCAUCAUUGAUGUUUCUAUCUCUCCCUUAUCCUUUUCUCUCUGAAAUCAACAAAAAUAUGUGUUUUUUUUUUUUUUUUUGAAAAAAGGGGCGCUAUCUACAAAGGACUGGUUUUUCCCCUCCCCCUUUAAAAAAAGAAAACUACCAUAAGACAGUAUAGUGUAGUAAAGAUCCUGAAUGCCUGAGGUUGAACUUCCAGUUUUACUCUUAAGUAGCUGUGUAACUUUUAGACAAAUUACUCUCAGUGCCUCUUUCUUCUUUUGUAAAAUAAUAAUGCCUACCUCAUAAGAUUGUUGAGAGGAUUAAAGAACUGCCAUCUGUUAACACCUAGAGCAUGAUUGGGAAUGAACUAAGUGCUAUGUAAGAGGCCUGUUGUCCUACUCUAUGUAUUCCAUAAAAAGGCAGGGUUCUUUGGAAAAGACAUUAAUGCCAGGGAAAAUAGAAGACAGCAGGAAAAGAGGAAGACCAAGUAUAAGGUGAAUUGACUCCAUAAAAGAAGCCAUAGGCAUGAGUUUCCAGGAGUUGAGCAGGGCUGUUGAGGAUAGGACACUGGGGACAAAACUCAUUUAUGGCUUGCCAGGAGUCUGAGCGGACUCAAUGCCAUGUAAUACACAAGAAGCUUUACACUACAGUCAAAGUUACAGCUUGGAUUUGAAUUUCCCAGCUCUAGUUAAUUGGCUAUUAUCUUUGGCCACUCUUAAGCACUCCUUAUUUUUUAAAUGAGAUGGUUCAAACAUUGCUGUAAACAUAUGAACUUUAGGUUCGGGCUGUUUCCUCUGUCCCCAGCACCUUGUAUAGUGCCUGAUAUAGUGUGUACAAUAAACAUUUGUUGGAUUUACAAAUA